GCCAUCUUCUCGCAGCAGCUGUUGUUGAACAUUGACUGUGACGCUUAUCCUAUCUACUACGAUUACGUAUGAUUACAUCAAUCGCAAUCAGCACUAAUCAGGUGCUAGAAAGCGCGCAACGGGUGAUCUCCCCACGCGACAUCACAGUCACAGUUAUCUGAGCGAUGUGCUUGUAUGCACCCCUUACCCGUGACGCGCUGUACGAGAUUCACUAACAAAGGUCCUGUGCAUGAUGCACCCUUGCAACACAUCAAACACUUCGCUCGGAUACAGUGUGAUCGAUCGUUUUCGAACAAAAAGUGAAAAACGUGUACAAGACAAUCUGCAGGACGCUGGAAAGUUAACCGUUGUCUGCUGACCAGAUCAUCCGAUGGAACGAAGAAUUUCGAAAAACGCGAUGUGCGGGGGUAGCAUCACCCCUACGCACGGUCGUCUGUGGUACGCGUUGCUGGGUGCCGCGUUUACGCUGGAGAGCAAGCUGCUGGAACGAAGCUACCUCAACAAUCGGAACAACGAGUGCACGAUUUGCACGCACGAUAUUGAUGCGACUCAACGAAUGGUGGCACUGUGCGGUCACACAUUUCAUCGGUGCUGUGUGAUGGUAUGGAUGCGCACCUACGGCUACUGUCCGGACUGUCGUUCAAGCAGGCUGUAAUCCGAUCCCAAUCCGAACGUGACGAUUUGUGGACUUUGUGUGGAUACAUUGUAACGCUUGGGUCGUUCAAUGGGUUUUAUAGAUAAGCAUAUCUCGCCUUCAAGACUGUCCCGGAAGCGCUAGAUGACGCUCGUGGGCUAAAUAAAGCAAUUUUAACUACCGUAAGAUCAAAGGCGUCUCCGA